AUGCCUUCAUUCCGGAAAUCUCAAGCGGAAAACGUGGAAAAAUCAAGCCGGGUCCCGUCUUACAGGUCAGCUGACUAUCCAAAUCCCCAAUGGCAAGAAGACUUGAAGAUAAGCACUCCUUCAUUUGGCACAUCAAGCCUUGCUACAGAAACAGAAACGCCUGGUUCGUCAAUGAUAGUAGCACAACCGCCAAUAAAUAUUGACGAUGUAUGGCGAGAAGUACGAGCGCUUGAACGCCACAGGUUCGCAUCGUCUCGGUACCGGAAACUCGGGAAGACAAUUGAGCCGGUAAUAGACUUUUUAACGAGGUUCUCACCUAUUGUAGAUAUGAUGGUUCAGGGAACCAGUAGUGCCUCUCUAGUGUGGGGUUCAUUGAAAGCUGUUUUAAUGGUUGCUCAGACUUCGGCUACUUAUUUUUAUUACAUAGAUAAUGCCAUGCUGAAGCUUAGCGACAUGCUUUCCAUAUCAAGUCAAUAUGAAAAGAUGUUUGCGACGGAAGUCCGUGUGAGAACUGCGUUGUCGGAUUUAUAUGAUGAGAUCUAUCUUUUUUUGGAGAAAAUACGAAAGUCGGUGUCUGUUAGCUCAUUGAAGAUUUUCUUCAAGAACAUGAGAAAAUCUUUCGACGCAGAGUUUAAAGAUAAUUUGGAACACAUCGAAAGAUAUACUCGAGUUUUUAAUGAUGAAAUUACUCUUGCGCACCGAGCCAGGAUGGAUGUCUCGACUAAGAAAAUUCAAGAAUUGGUUGGAACUAUUGCUCUAGAAAAUGUAGAUCUCGCGAACCGAGUAGAUGUUCGAGAUUCAUAUCACACCAAAGAUGCAAUAUUAAAAUGGCUAACCCAGGUUGACUCUCGGGAAGAUUAUUACCGAGCUCUGGAGAGACGCUCGCCAGGAACUGGAGUGUGGCUGCAAGACGAUCCAAGAUUCCGGAGCUGGAGACGCUGCACCGAAGCUUUGACUGACCGUUCGAUACUAUGGAUUCAUGGCCGGCCGGGAUCAGGCAAAACGGUGCUAAGCACUGCUGCUAUUGAGCAUCUUCAACUUAAAGUCGAAAAAAGUUUAGAAAGAUCGGAGAAUAAAAUAGCCUCUGUGGCUUACUUCUACUGCGAUUCUGGAGACGCCAGAAAAAGAUCGACGUUAGAGAUCCUCGGAUCAGUUUUGGCACAGUUGAUUGUACCACUGCAUGAAUUUCCCAGCGGAGUCAACGAAGCGUAUGAGCGAGCGAGGAAGUAUGGAAGACAGCAUUUAUCAACCGCAGACGAUAUUAUCUCCGUCAUCAACCACGUGGUACAAGAUUCUUCAUCUUGUUACAUUGUCAUUGAUGGGGUGGAUGAAUGCAGUGAUCCAGGUGAUCUUACAAAAACAUUUGCGGAUAUUGCAAUAUGCUCCCACAAUGUUCAGCUAGCUCUUUUUUCUCGCAACAUUCCUACUAUUGCAUUUGAGCUGGAUAAAAUGCCGCACGCAAAGAUUGAGCUGGAACCUUCUUUGGUACAGCCAGAUAUUGACAACUUCUUAACGAAAUCAUUUGAUAGUUUACCUGGGAAAGGUACAGGGGCACAAGAACAGGCAUUCUCAAAGCUUUCGAAUGCUUCUGGUGGUAUGUUUUUAUAUGCUUCUCUGGGAAUCCAAAGUCUAGCCGAAGCAAUUGAUUCACAGAGUGUUUUGGAUGCCAUUGAAAGAAUACCCGAGGGACUCAAUGGAUUCUAUGGUCAGAUACUCGAGAGAUUAGGUUCGCAAAGUGUUCGAAGACGGGAUCUUGCUCGUAGAAUUCUUCUAUGGGUUUGUUGCACAACAAGGCCACUAUCUUGGAAAGAGCUUCAGUGUGCUCUAUCUUGGGACGAGACAAAGGAGGUGUUUAUAGAAGAUCAACGACCCUUUAAGGAUGCCGUGCUUGAUCUAUGCGCUCCUUUGAUCGAGUAUCGAGCAGAGAAGGAUACAUUCCACCCAGUUCAUGCAUCAGUUCGCGAGUUCCUAUGGAAGUCUCAUGGUUUCGACUCAAUGUCGGCGAAAGCAACGCAAUUUCUCAUGACCGAGCCUCACGCACACCAGGCUAUUGCCGAAGUGUUACUAGCAAGCCUCUUGCUACCAGAUGUUGUACAUAACACGGAAGUUGAUGAUCUUCAGUAUCCAUUGGCGAGAUAUUCUACAGAAAGUUGGUGUCACCAUCUAUCGUCAGCGUCAUUUGGAGAGAAUCUAUGCCAAAAAUAUGACACGUUUGCGAAUUCGUCUUUAGCGCGAUCGACAUGGAUCCUGCGUUUUCUUCUUUCAAACAGACAGUCAUUUCCCUUACAACGUAUAGCAAAGUAUCAAAAACAAGUAAAUGAUUGGAAGAAUCGCAAAGAGAGCUCAACCACCACUUUUGCUGCGGAGGAUUUAGCUGAUAUACAACGAGCAUUGAUCGAACUGGAUCAACGGGACCUCGACCAAGUAGAAUCUAUCUCAAAUUUUGAGCGCGAUCUCAUCGUCCGGGAUCUGGCACGGGCUUUCACAAUGGCAGGAAAAGUUGACCAGGCAAUUGAUAUGUUCGAAAAGGCUCUUGCUCAUGGACCACCAGGGGAUACCUCGCCAGAGUCUGUCCGGACCACCUGGCUCCUAAAUAGUCUUGGGAUAAUGUAUGACCAAAAAAAUCUUACUGAUCUUGCUUUACGCACGCAAUUAAAGGCUUUAGCCAUCCAGGAAAAGUAUCUUCCUCCUGAUCAUCUCGAUCUUGCAUUAACACUAAAUGAAUUGGGUCGGGAAACGCGACAUCUUGAGAGAUACCCGGAGUCCGAACAAUACCAUCUCCGCGCGCUCAAUAUUCUGCGUCAAUCUCUUCCCGAGACGGACUUGCAGAUAAUAUGGACCCUAAAUACCCUCGCUCGCUGCUAUCGCUUCCAAGGACGUUACCCCGAAGCGCUCGCUCUCCAUCAGCUUGCACUCAACGGCCAAAUUACGUUAAUGGGGGAGGACCACCCGCAUCCCAUUCGAACGAGAUCAGAUAUCGCGAAAGUAUUGAAAGCGCAGGGAAAAUUUGAAGAAGCAUUAGAAAUCAUGGAAGAUAUGUAUGAGAGAAGAGUCCGAGUACUGGGAAAUGAUAAUCCGGAUACAUUGUGGACGAUGAAUGACAUUGGGAUGGUGUGGGAGGAGAUGGGUAUGCAUAGUGGAGAUUUGAAAUGCAGGGGAAAGGCAACUGAGUGGCAUGAAAGAGCCUGGAGGGUGCAAUCUAGGGUGCUGGGGGAUGAGCAUAAGCACACGGUUUGGAGUCGGCGAGUCUUGGAGAGUUUGAAGGGAAUGGAAAGAGUGGGCGAUGCCGUUGCAGUUUGUUGA